UUUCAAACUUUUGACAGACAUGCAUCUAACUCAUGUAAAUAUUCAUAGCUUGUUUCCUUGUGGCUCAUUGUAAAGCGAAUAAUUUGUGUCGAAAGAACUCUUCCUCCGCGCAAGGAUGAUUAACCUAAACUUCGUUGGAGUUGUUAUUUUAUUUACCAUUAUAUCCAGUUGUACCCCAGAGCCCGAAUGGGACCCGAUGACCAUAAACACGUUUACAUCCCGUCGAAUAAUGGACGGCGCUGCCAAGUGCAUUGGUCUUAGUCUAGUUCAGGAAUUGUAUGCUUACAAAAAGAGGAAUAGAGCCUUGUAUCUAGUUACAUUUGAAGGAAAAAGACAAUCAGGGGUGAUUUACGAGUGUACAGCGAAGGUGCACGAAUUUGUGCCAUUCACUCCAAAAGUGUUGUGGUUCAGAUGCAAGCCUCCUACAUAUUAAAUAGAAUGGACGGACAUUUUGAUCUUUUAACCAAUGCUACAAAAUACAGCUGAAACUCGAUAUCUCGAAUUUUCUUAUCUCAAAAUUCCGGUUAUCUCAAAGACGUUUCAAGUAUUUCCAGAAAUCACGUGCAAGAAAAUCUUUUUUAAAGUCGAAUUUCGGUUAUCUCAAAGUAAAACGUUUCGAUUUGACAUACCAAGUGUAUAUCUUUUUUUACUUGUUAUAAAUUUAUUAACAGUCAAUAUAAUUAAAUAUUGUAUAUUUUC